UCUAGAGGAGUCAAAGAGCAGAGAAAAACGCAGUAUAUACAUUUAAUUAUAGGCAAAUAUGGUAGGCCCGAUGAGACCUCAGAUUGUGCUCUUUGGCUCCUCUAUAGUUCAGUUGAGCUUCGACAAUGGUGGUUGGGGUUCUACUCUGGCUAAUUUGUAUGCUAGAAAGGCGGACAUAAUAUUGCGAGGAUAUUCUGGUUGGAAUUCAAGGCAAGCUUUGGAUGUUCUGGAUGAAGUUUUUCCCAAGGAUGCUCAUGUGCAACCAUCAUUGGUGAUUGUGUACUUUGGUGGCAAUGAUUCUGUUCACCCUCACCCAUCUGGCCUUGGUCCUCAUGUACCCCUUCAAGAAUAUGUUGAAAACAUGAGGAAGAUUGCUAACCAUAUUAAGAGCCUCUCGGAUCAUAUUCGCCUUAUAUUCCUCACCUCUCCUCCCAUCAAUGAAGAACAAAUGCUCAAAAAGCUCAGUGCAACGCAAUCUGGAAGAACCAAUGAAUCGUGUGGAGAAUAUGCGGAGGCCUUAAUGGAGCUUUGUGAGGAGCUGAAUAUCAAGGCUAUUAAUCUAUGGUCUGCAAUUCAGACAAGGGAUGAUUGGUUAGAUGUUAGCUUCACGGAUGGAGUUCAUCUAUCAGGUGAGGGAAGCAAGGUAGUGGUGAAGGAGAUAUUAAGGGUUCUGAGGGAAGCAGAUUGGAAGACUAGUCUGCAUUGGAUGUCAAUGCCAACUGAAUAUGCAGAAGAUUCACCAUAUUAUCCUCCUAGUGCUGAUGGAACUACCACCAUCAAUGUGUCAUACUGUAUCUCGCGGAAGUGUUUGCAAUGGGAUCUGUAGAAACUAUAUAUAAAUUUGCACUUACUUGCACACCACAAGAUAUAUAUAUCUAGAAGAUGCAUGCAUGCUUCAUUAUAUACUGAAGGCCCUGGCAAUAUAUAGUCAUGGAAGGGCAAGGAGUGUUACUAGUACGAUGCUUUUCUAGUGUGUUAAAUAACAAAUGUGAAUAUCAACAAAGUAGAGCGUAGAGCGUAGAUAGUAGAAUCUCUUGGGCAUAUCAUUAGAGAUUCACUUUCUAGCCAUGUGUACCACAAAUGCUUUGUUGAAAGAGAUGUUCACUUUGAUAGUUUUUAUA